CUUAGACUUUUGCCGCGUACCGACUACCGACCAUACAAAAUCCUAGUCCCUCCAUUGCCCGCUUGCCUCUACGGCGCCAUCACUCUCUUUUCACUGCGGUUCAAAAACAUGCUUAUACAGUUACAAACCCUGCCAAAGACUCUAGCUUGGCAUUCUUCUUUGACUCCAAGAGCUUCAUCUAAGCCCCUUGAAGCCAAUCCGGCACCCGUUCGCCUCGCCGCCCCACCCAGCUCUAACUCCGGCAUCAAAUUCCAGCAAAAGAUUCUCUACCUCCGAGAGCUAAGAGUAAAUCCAAUGAAGGCCCUCAACAAGAACCCGGAUUUACGAUCUGUCCCUCUAGCUUCCCUAAAAUCAGUAGAAAAUUGCCUCUGCUCAAUGGGUAUCCAGCGUUCUGCCCUAGGCCGCAUUCUUGACAUGCACCCUAGUCUCCUCACCUCCGACCCUUACGCCGACAUAUACCCUAUCUUCGAUUUUCUCUUGAAUGAUGUCAGCAUCCCCUUUCCCGACAUCAGCCUGUCUAUCGUGCGUUGCCCUAGGCUCUUGGUUUCCAGUUUGGAGACCCGAUUGAGACCCACAUUGCGGUUCUUGGAGGAGUUCGGGUUCGCAGGUCCAUAUAAGAUCACCGCCCAGAACUCCAUGUUGCUUGUUUCCAGUGUUGAGCUUACUCUGAAACCUAAAAUUGAAUACUUGAUGGGAUUAGGGUUCACUUACAUUGAGGUUGUGAAUAUGGUUCUUAGGUGUCCUGGGCUGUUAACUCUUAGUAUAGAUAAGAAUUAUAUGCCGAAAGUUGAUUACUUUCUGAAGGAAAUGAAUGGAGAUUUGGAGGAGCUCAAGGUCUUUCCUCAAUUCUUUUCGUUUAGUUUGGAGCGUAAAAUAAAGCCACGCCAUAGGCUUUUACUGAAGUAUGGAUUCUCACUCUCAUUGCUGGAAAUGUUGAAGGUCAGUGAUGGAGAAUUCCGUGAGAGGGUAUUAGAUAUGAAGUUGCAGCUGGUGGACAACUGACAGUUGUUUGAUAAGAGAGGAUCUAAGAACCGAGGAGCAAUGCCCCCUCCAAGGGCAGGGCAGUUGUGAGGCAAGCGGACUGCGAGGAAGCAAGUAUAUCAGUCAUCAAAUCACGGAAAGAGAUUGUUGAAGGGGAAAUGUGAUGUGAAUCACUCGAAGGUCGUGGUAUUGUGUAUAAGAUGUGAUGAGACCCUAUUUUGCCAUGGUCUAAACUUGAAGGGGUCGCAGACAUGUCCCAAAAUAAAUUGGGGGCGGAGUCCAAACAUUGAGUUAUCAAAAAAAGGGAAAAAAUCAAAUGGGGUUCAAUUUUUAAUAUAUAAGCAGUGCCUCUACAGUUGGAGCAUGUGCGCCCACUUUCUUAUUUAGGUCUACUCAAUGGUUGUAUUUGUUAUUUAAAGUCAUUCAUAUGUUAAGUUUGACAAUAUUUUUUAAAUUAAAAUUAUGAAAAGCUAC